AAAGUCUUGUCAACAACCCCCAACACGGAGCCAUUACCGGUUUCUACCACUCUUUCUUUCUCUCUUUUUAUUUUUUCCCUUUCUUUCUUUCUUCUCUUCUCCUCUCACUCACCCUCCGUACAAAACAUCAUGUGAGAGUUUCGCUGGUUUCUAUCCUCUCCUCGCUGUCCAUACCCCAAAUUUGCAAGUGCAACCAUCUUUGUCACAGUUUCUUCACUUCACCACCUUAAACUUUUUCCUACCUCCUUGGACCCCAACAAAAAAAAAAAAAACAUCACACAAGUGCUGAUGAUAGCUAUGUGUGGCCCUCAGACCUUACAACCAUUCAUUACCAAUCCCUUUGCUAUUUUAGGGUUGUGCAGCCCUUAGGGUUUUCUUGUUCCUCACACCCAAAAUUGAGCACCACUUCCUGUUGAAGCUCUUGUUCAGCUUGGUUAAUUAGCUGACUGGGAGGUGUUUCUGUUUCCCUGAUUUCAGAGAUUAAUGGAGGAAUACACUAAUAACAAUCACUUGAGUGAAAACACUGCUCCAAGUCCAAGUUCAAGGCCUAAUUUCUUGUACUCUCCCCCCAGUGGUGGAAGCCAUAGCCAUAGCCAUAGCCAUAGCCAUAACCAUCACCAGCAUCAGCAUCAGCAUCAUAGUCAUCACCACCAGCAUCAUCAGUUUCCAAUCAACACCUUCCAUCUUCAAUCGGGUGGAUCAGAUCAUUGCUUUCAGUCUGAUCAAGUGGCACCACACCCUUCUGUGAAAACCGAAGCCAGCACUUCUCAGCUUCACGCUCCUAUUUUCCACUACCCUUUAAUGAGAGGUACCCUUCACAACAACACCACCACCACUAUGCAUCACCAUCCCCAUCAACAAGGAGGGAGUCCUACAAGCUCCACCACCGAAGUUGAAGCCAUAAAAGCUAAAAUCAUUGCUCACCCUCAGUACUCCAAUCUUUUGGAAGCUUAUAUGGAUUGCCAAAAGAUAGGAGCUCCACCUGAAGUGGUGGCGCGUAUGGUUGCGGCAAAGCAAGAGUUUGAGGCACGGCAAAGAUCCUCAGGUGGUUCCAGGGAUACCUCGAAAGACCCUGAACUCGAUCAAUUCAUGGAAGCAUACUAUGACAUGCUUGUGAAGUAUAGAGAGGAAUUAACAAGGCCUAUUCAAGAGGCCAUGGAUUUCAUGCGAAGGAUAGAAACUCAGCUAAAUAUGCUAUGCAAUGGACCCGUCAGGAUCUUCUCUGAAGAUAAAUGUGAAGGGGUUGGUUCAUCAGAUGAGGAUCAAGAGAACAGUGGAGGAGAAACAGAACUUCCGGAGAUUGAUCCUCGAGCAGAAGAUCGUGAGCUUAAAAACCACUUACUGAGGAAGUACAGUGGUUACUUGAGUAGCCUUAAGCAAGAACUUUCCAAGAAGAAAAAGAAAGGGAAACUCCCCAAAGAUGCAAGGCAAAAGCUACUUAACUGGUGGGAAUUACAUUACAAAUGGCCAUAUCCUUCGGAAUCAGAGAAGGUGGCAUUGGCUGAAUCAACUGGUUUGGACCAAAAGCAAAUAAAUAACUGGUUCAUAAACCAAAGAAAGAGGCACUGGAAACCAUCUGAAGACAUGCAAUUUAUGGUGAUGGAUGGUCUGCAUCCCCAAAGUGCAACUCUCUACAUGGAUGGUCAUUACAUGGCAGAUGGUCACUACCGUCUAGGGCCAUGACAUCACAUGGCCAUGCUAUAUAUUUAUAUAUUAUUUUAUAUUUUAAGUAUUAUUAUUAUUAUUAUUAUUAUUAUUAUUAUUUAAAUGCAAGGUAUGAGUUUCUCAUUAACAAAGAGACUGUGACCAAACUGGGUAGCAGUCAGCACUGUAGCUACUAGUUUCAGUGUCAAGCAUACCAUGAACAUUAAUGGUUUCUGCUUGUGAUUGUGCAGUGUGAGUACUUUCAGUAGUUUGCCAUAGUCAUGUUCUACGUUCUAUUAAACAGUGAGACAUUUGCUUAUUAUAUAUUUUCAGUAUAAUUAAUAUUGGCAGAGAUCAUUCAUGAGA